UUGGGAAAUUCUACGGUGCAUUCGCCCGUUUGACUUCAGUGGUGAAGUCACUGUCUGACCAAUCAGAAUUAAGCCCUAAGCCCUAAUAGUGCCACAGUGGACUGAAGCAUUAAAUGACCUUAUUGACACUUACUGUGGUAAUUUUAUAGUUUAUAUAUUGCAACUUAGUCCCUAACAUAUUAAUAUUGUUUUUAAAAUGUAAUAUUUUUAUAGACAAAAUCAAUUAAAUUAAAACAAAUUAAUCAACUCAACAAAUUAAUCAACUCAACAAAUUAAUCAACUCAUCUCCAUCUCCCUCACUUCAUCAUCGUGAACAGAAAUUGAAAAUAAAAAUUCUUCAUCCAUCAUCUCAUCUUGGCAUUUUUUCCCAACUACAAACUCAACGCAACAGUUAUCGUCUCAUCUUGGCAUUUUUUCCAAACACUGCAAACUCAACACAACAGUAAGCGUCCCAUUCACAGGUUUACCAUGAAAAACACCGACCAUUAUGAUUCGUACGACUAUCGAUGCCGUGACAGUGGUACAUCUGAUUCUGAAUCCGACAAUGGUCGGGAUGACAGUAAUUCGGUGUCCAGUGCGUACCAAGGUUCAAGUGAUGGUGAUGGCGAUGGCGAUGGUGAUAGUCACGGUGAAAAAUUUGUUGAAUUUGAUGCAGUUGUAGGUGAUAGAACAGUGAAAAUUAAUGCCCUUACUGCUGAUGAAAUUCGUGCUAUGGAAUUCGGUACAGUUGAUGAAGCUAAUGUGUUUUAUUUCAAGUAUGCUAAAUGUAAAGGGUUUGCCAUUAGGAAAAGUGAUGUUAGGACAAGAUCGACUGAGGAUGGACAAACAAUUAUAAUGAGGCAGUUUGUAUGCAAUAAACACGGUCUAAGAGAUACAAAACACUUAAGGAGGCUUGAUAGAAAAAGAGAACACAGACCUACGACCCGCACUAAUUGUCCCGCUAGGCUUCGUGUGCAUUACAACCCCCAGAAGGAUAGUUAUGUAGUGACAUGUUUUGAAGAGGCUCACAACCAUGAAUUAACACCAUCUAGGUUUGUCCACUUACACCCCAUUUAUCGUGAGAUUACUGCAGCAGAUAGAGCUCAAAUUGACGGUCUACAGUCAAAUGGAAUUAGAACUUGUCAUAUAAUGGGGUACAUGGUUGCUCAGAAGGGUGGACACGAUCGUGUUGGGUUUACAAAGAAGGAUCUGUACAAUUAUUUUGAUAGUAAAAUGCGUGCUAAUAUUAAAGAUGGUGACGUUGCCGCUGCUAUAAAUUAUCUAACUGUGAAGUCAUCUACUGAUCCCAUGUUAUAUGGUAAAUAUGCCGUAGACAUGGAUGGACGAAUGAAGUCUCUUUUUUGGGCUGAUGGAAGCAGUAGAUCUGACUAUUUUUGUUUUGGCGAUGUGAUUGCGUUUGACACGACUUACAAGAAGAACAAAUACAACUACCCAUUGGUUAUAUUUUCAGGGUGUAACCACCACUCUCAGACAGUUAUUUUUGGUGCUGCGUUGGUGUCAGAUGAAACGACAGAGACGUAUAAGUGGUUGUUGGAGUGUUUUUUAGAGUGCAUGGAAAAUAGAUACCCAGCAGCAGUUGUAACAGACGGAGAUGGGGCGAUGAGGGAAUCUAUAAAACAGGUGUUUCCGGAUGCGACACAUCGUUUAUGCGCUUGGCAUUUGAACAAGAAUGCGUCUGAGAAUGUAAAGAACUCGGCAUUUUUGAAAGAUUUUCAAAAAGCCAUGUACUCUAAUUUUACAAAGGAUCAAUUUGAAGAGUUUUGGUCAAAAAUAAUUAAAGAAAACGGACUUGAAGGAAAUCCUUGGGUUGCAAAAACGUACGAGAACAGGUCACUAUGGGCAACUGCAUAUCUAUGUGAGAAGUUUUUUGGACGUAUAAGAACUACGUCUCAAUGUGAAGCCGUCAAUGCAGUCAUCAAGAGUUAUGUCAGGAAGAAAGGCUGCAUUUUUGAAUUUAUGCACAAUUUUGAUCAGGCUAUGAGAUCUUAUAGAAACAAUGAACUGAUUGCCGAUUAUAAAUCAAAGUUUUCAGAACCUGUGAUGACUACUCAACUGCGUGCCCUUGAGAGCCAUGCUGCGAAUGUUUAUACUAUGGAGAUUUUCAAGGAAGUCAGAGAUGAAAUAGUGAAGGCUGGAUCAUUGAUUGUUAAGGAAAAGUUAAUUCGCAACGGAUUUAAGACUUAUCGAUUUACAAAAUAUUGUUGUGAUAACUAUGACGUAGAGGUUGUGUAUGAUGGUGAAACAUUUCAAUGUGAGUGUAGGUUAUGGGAUUCUCAUGGGAUUCCAUGUUCUCAUAUGUUUGGUGUCAUGAAGGAAGAACAUGUUAGUCUCAUUCCCACCGGUUUGAUUUUGUCGAGAUGGACGAAGGAUGCAAAAAUUCAGUACUUGAACAUGAAUUGUAAUGGUUCUGAUGAUUCUAAAAUGAUUGAGCUAGCUCGGUUUGGUGCAUAUUGUUCUGCAGUUACUGCCUUUUGCAAUGAAGCUUCAAAAAGGGAAGGUGUUUAUGGGGAAAUAAUGGGUGACAUUCUGAAGUUACACAAAAAGUAUUGCAGUACGGACGAUCCUAUUUUGGCAUCGAACUCAGUUGUAGGUGAUCCAAAUAUUGUGAAUAGCAAAGGUGCUCCAAAGAAAAGAAAGAAUGACAUAAAAUCUAUUAGGCGAUGUUCUAAAUGCAACAGUAGAACUCAUAAUGCAAGGAGUUGUUCGGUUGCGGAAAACGCGCCAUCUGAACAAAAUGUUGGUAUGACGUCGCGGCCAGUAACUGAUUCUUUCAGCCAGGUUGUGAAGAACAAGAAUGGAAAAAGAGGUCGCAUUGGUGGAAGUAGUGUGCAAAAUAAAUGUACAGAACCACCGAACUCUCGUGGCGCGAAUGUGACAGCGACUUCUCGUGCGGAAGUUGGAAGCACAAGCAUACCCAUGCCUGCAAUGUAUGGAUUGCAACCCGUGUUGCCAGCGUUUCAUACCGAUGCUGUUUACCCAUGUGUGUUGAAGACUGGUAGGAGGCCAGGGGAGAGAUAUCUUUGCUUAGGUUGGUAUGAGUAUGUUAAAGCAACUCGUCUGAGGGCUGGUGAUGUUCUUGAGUGCACUGUGGCAGAUCCUCCUACAAGAAUGUUUGUUCGUUUUAUGAUGUAA